AUGGCGAGCUUCAGGGUCGCCGACGCGUCGGAGUACCUGGCCAUCACGGGCUGGGGCAUCGACGACGUGAAGCUGGCGAAGAAGGCGUGGGUGUUCGUGGGCCAGCAGUGCAAGAAGUUCGACAUCACUCCGGUCAACUACGAGUUCGAGAUCAGCGACGACGGCAGCCACGGAGCCUCCCUGCUGCUCUACGCCAAGCUCAUCGCGCCGCACGACAAGAACUCGUCCCACGUCCGCGAGCUCGUCAGGGGCGUCAUCGAGGGCGAGACGCGCGUGCUGGCGGCGUCCAUGACCAUGGAGCAGAUCUUCCAGGGCACCAAGUCGUUCAAGCAGGCGGUGUUCGAGAACGUGCAGCUGGAGCUCAACCAGUUCGGCCUCUACAUCUACAACGCCAACGUCAAGCAGCUCGUCGACGUGCCCGGGCAGGAGUACUUCUCGUACCUGGGACAGAAGACGCAGCAGGGCGCGGUGAACCAGGCCAAGGUCGACGUCGCCGAGGCGAGGAUGUUGGGCGCCGUCGGGGCCAAGGAGCGCGAUGGCACGACGCUGCAGAAGGCUGCCGAGGUCGACGCGCAGACCAAGGUCUUCAGGGUGCGACAGGAGGCCAUCGGGAUCAAGGAACAGGCCAAGGUGGAGGCCGAGGUCAAGGUGUUCGAGAACGAGAGGGAGGCCGUCGUCGCCGCCGCCAAGGCGGAUCUCGCCACCAAAGAAGGCGGCGUGGGACAGACAGACCAAGGUCGCCGAGGUCGAGGCUUCCAAGGCCGUCGCCAUACGAGAGGCCGAGCUCCAGAUGGAGGUGGAGCAGAAGAACGCGCUGCGCCUCACCGAAAAGCUGAAGGCGGAGCAGCUCAGCAAGGCUACGGUGCAGUCCAAGACUCUAACGCCGCGCUCUACAGCCGGCAGAAGGCCGCGGAGGCCAAGCUGUACGAGCAGCAGAAGGCCGCGGAGGCCCGCAAGGCGCAGGCGGACGCCCAGUUCUUCGAGCAGAAGCUGGCCGAGGACGCCAAGCUGUACGCCAAGCAGAAGGAGGCGGAGUCGCUGGCCACGGUGGGCAAGGCGAAGGCGGACUACGUGGCGGCGAUGCUGCAGGCGCUGGGCGGCAACUACCACGCGCUCCGCGACUUUCUGAUGAUCGACGGAGGCCUGUACCAGGAAAUGGCGCGCAUCAACGCCGGCGCCGUGAGCGGGAUGCAGCCCAAGAUAAGCAUCUGGACCGGCGCGGACGGCGCGGGCGCGGGCGCGGGCGGUGACGUCGGCGCCAGCAGCAGCGGCGGCGCCGCGAUGCAGCAGGUGGCCGGCGUCUACAAGAUGCUCCCGCCGCUGCUCUCGACGGUGCACGAGCAGACGGGGAUGCUCCCGCCGGCGUGGAUGGGCGCGCUGCCCAAGGACGAGGCCAACUGA